UGCAGCGUGGGGGCCUUACGGCGGAAAGAUGGCGCCCAAAGGGAAAGGCGGCGGCAAAGCUGGGAAGGGCGGCGACAGCGGCAACAGCAGCGAGAGCAAAGCACAGGGCCCGAAGGGAGGCGGCAGUGCCGUCAAGGUUCGGCACAUCUUGUGCGAAAAGCACGGCCGGGCCAUGGAGGCCAUGGAGAAGCUGAAGUCCGGACAGCGCUUUAGCGAGGUGGCGGCACAGUACAGCGAGGACAAGGCCAGGCAAGGGGGAGACCUGGGCUGGAUGACCAGAGGCUCCAUGGUGGGACCAUUCCAGGAGGCAGCAUUUGCCCUGCCUGUGAGCAGCAUGGACAAGCCUGUGUACACGGACCCUCCCGUCAAGACCAAGUUCGGAUACCACAUUAUCAUGGUGGAAGGCAGAAAAUAAAAUGUGAAUGACCAUGAUGACCUUGUUGACUGCUUGAAUCCCAAGUCCCAGACACCUUGGCCUUGGAGCAAGUUGGGCACAACCAGCAACAUGCCUGGAGGCAGGCUGGCUGUCCCUGCCACUGUGCUAGCAGAGCAGGGCCCUGCCUGAAGAGAGCCUCCGAACCAGCCACAGCUCCAGCAACAGGCACCAGCUUUGUUUACAGGUGAGCACCAUGCACAGAGCUCAGAGAUGAGGAGGAAAUGUCAAAGAAGAAAAGGUCCUUCUCUUCCCUCCCUUUUCAGGGUGUUGGUUUUGCUGAGUAUGGAAUGCUCAGAGAAGCCAACGAAUGGCUUGCAGUGGAGGGCAGACAGGCUGCCAGUGGAGAGCAGACAUUGCCCCAUGUAAAGGUCCUCUGUUAAUAAAUCACUUGUUUCCAGGCUA